ACUUAUGAAUCAGCUGAUAAAAGAGGAUUGUUGCUGGAAGUUUCAACAGUAUCGGAAGAAAAGUUAAACAAGUUAAAAAAGUAUGUCGUUAAACACAGCGCACGCAAAUGGCGGUGUUCUUAUACACGCCGGAGAAUGCAUAUUACUAUUUUGUGACAAUGUCACAAUGGAAUUCCAUGGACAAGAUCAACCAGAGUUUGCUGGUACCAAACGUGGCAGAUUGUAUCUAACUACACAUAGAAUGAUCUUUAAUGCUAAAGAUGCAACAGAAAAGAUGCAAUCGUUUAGCUUUCCAUUUGUAACACUAGGCCAGGUUGAGAUUGAACAGCCAAUCCUUAGUGCCAAUUAUAUCAAAAGCAAAUGUCGUGCUCAACCAAAUGGUAAUUGGAUUGGAGAAUGUAAAUUUAAAUUGCAUUUCAAAAGUGGUGGUGCAAUAGAGUUUGGACAAGCUAUGUUAAGAGCAGCAGCAAUGGGUAAGUUCAUUCGUAAUGGACCUGCAAAUGAUGCCCCACCACCAUAUCAACCACCAAUGUCAAAUUGGUAUGCUGCACCACCACCUGCUUACCAAGCGGCACCAACUGGAUAUUAUGGUUGGGUACCACCAACUAAUGUAUUUCCAGAUAUGCCACCAGCAAACAGUGUAUAUAUGACGGACAUGCCACCUCCAUAUCCUGGUAUAAAUGCACCCUAUCAAGGGUAUGCAAGUGUACCACCACAAGGUGCAUGGGGCGGUUCCCAACAACCUGGCUGGACACCACCACAACAAAAUGGAGCACCUGGAUGGGCUAAUCCAAGUUAUAAUGCCCAACCAAUGUCUCAAGCAGGUGCGUAUCCAAACUAUGGACAAUCAGCUUAUAAUAGUUAUCCACAGAAUCCUCCAUCAUAUACCCCGUAUCCUCAAGGUAACAGCUAUGCACAACCUGGCUAUUAUCCACAACAAAAUCCUUAUCAGCCUUAUCCACCAAGUUACUAGUAAAAUAUAUGA